AUGGCGGCCUCCGCGUCGUCGCCACCGACCUCCACUCCUCGCCUGGCACAACUCCUCUUCCCUGCCGCCGCCCGAGGUAUUCAGUUCAUAUCUUCUCCAUCCUACUCCUACACUUCACUACCCUGCCUGGCUGAACGCCUGAACCUGAAAGUCUUCGCCUACCUCUACACGAACAUGAUGUCGUAUGCAAGUCCUGAUACCGCUGAGCUUGUGGUUACCAAGGCGAAGGGACUACCUCGCAUCACUAUCUCUCUCGAUAGAGUUGCUGCAUCUGUGCUCAAAGAUGUCAUUGCUGAUUUCUCCCUUGCGCUCUAUGAAUCUUACAAGACCAAGCAGGAACAUGCAUCCAGAGAACAAGACCAAGUCUCACAGCUCAUGCAAAGUCUAGCCUCUGAAAGAGUAGGGCAAGAGUACGAGGAGCUUUGCUGCAAGAUACUGAAGAAAAUGAUGAUGAUGAUAAUAGUUAGAUAUUAUACAGAUACAGUCAUUGAGCUACUGGAGAAGCUCUUGUUCCUCCCACCACCAGAAGCAGCAGCUCUGGAUGGCGAGGGCAUAAAGAGCUUAAUGAUGAAGCUGCCUGCUCCCUCCAUAGAGAUAGAGGGAGUACUCUUGUGCCGGCAGGGCAAACUCCUUGUGGUUGUGGCCCUAGUUGGAGGAGGCAGUGAGAGCUCGGUGAUGUCUCGCAGCGACAGUUCAUAG